AUGUCUCAGAAGCUAGUACCCUCGGAUCCCUCCAAGGUCAUGGUCAUCCGCGAGGUUGUCCCCAGGACCAUCACCACCCUGUCCGUCCCCUUCUUUCGCUUCGGCAAGAUAAAGAUCGGUGGACGCGGUACCAUUGUCCGCCUUCAAUCCGGCUCUCUCGCCGUCUUCUCCCCUGUCGCCCUCACCGAUGAAGUCAAAGCCAAGGUCGCAGAACUGGGACAAGUCCGCUACAUCUGCGCGCCCGAUGCUGAGCACCACAUCUUCCUUGGUCCCUGGCACUCGGCCUACCCAGAUGCGCAAGUCAUGGGCCCCGAAACCCUUCCCGACCUCCGCGCAAAGGACAAGGAGAAGGAGCAUGUUCCCUUCACGCACCUCUUCCGCGCUGACAAGCGUACGGAAACCAUCUCCCCAGAGUUUGACGCCGAGUUCGACUGGGAAUAUGUGCACGCACAUGCCAACAAGGAGAUUGUCUUCCACCACCGCCCGACCCGGACUCUGAUCGAGGCAGACUACCUGUUCAACUCGCCGCCGACGGAGCAGUUCAGCAAGUCGGGCGUGGACCCGAAAUCUGGAAUCCUGACCAAGAUCUUCGCAGUCAUGACGAGCACACAGGGCAAGGCCAUGGGCCAGCAAAGGAUGAUCUGGUGGGGCACGAGCAUGUCGGAUCGAAAGAGCUUCGCGGCGAGCACCGCGAGAAUCAACAAGUGGGACUUUGACCGUCUCAUCCCUUGCCACGGAGACGUCAUCGAGACUGGCGCGAAGAGUGUCUUCCAGAAGGUCUUGAAGUGGCACUUGGACCUAGCCAGACAGGAGGGAUUCAAAGACUCGUAG